UCAUUUCUAUUUCUGCGGAAAGUGAUACAAAACAUUCAAGCCCACUUUAAUUUCUUCACCAUCACUCAACUAGCCCUCAAACCUCUAUCUACUUCUCUUCCAUCUCAAUUACCGAAUUCAUCCCCUCCCUUUUCAUAAAAUUAAAUUAACUCUGUCGCUUCCAUGAGACCAGAAGCGAAUUCGUUAGACCUCAAUAAUCUACCUGAAGAUUAUACAAGAGACGGCAAACAGACCUUAGGCGACACCUCUUCAUCUGCAGGGAAAAAGAAAAGCGGCGCUGAGGAGGAAAAAGAUGAAGGUGGGAAGGUGUAUGAGUGCAGGUUUUGUUCCCUCAAAUUCGGCAAAUCUCAAGCCCUUGGGGGACACAUGAAUCGCCACCGCCAAGAAAGGGAGACAGAAACCCUGAACAAGGCUCGUCAGCUUGUGUUCAGUAACGAUGUUGCUCCGCCUCACAUAAAUUAUGUCUCGAGCGGAGGGUUUCAUCAAGCAAGCAGCAGCAGCAUGGACGAAGCUUUCAGAUCCAUAUACCCAGCUGCACCUUCUAGAAUGUUCCCAACCACUCCUCCGCCGCCGCAGCCACAGUACGGAUUCCCGUCGCCGCCCCACAGCGACUACUACAUGCUCUCCAACUCCUGCUACGCCGCCCCUCCGCCCAAUGGGAGCUUCUACACCUGCAUUGGUGCCCCCGUUGCAGCUGCUCGGGGCGUCGACGGUGACUCAUCGAUGCACAAUCAGGAUCAUGAGGGGCUCGGCUGGGCCCGGAGGUAGAAAUCAUCGUUUCAUUUCAAGAUGGAUGGAUGUGUGGAUUUGCAAGGGGAGAUGGAGUUUUGUAUUUUGAGCGACCAAAUUUCUGGAUUGGAGGAGUGUGUGUGGUGUGUAUUUUUCUUUAGUUUCUUUUUUCUCUCUUUUCUCUGCCUUGCAAUGAAUAUGUUUGGUGUAGAAGAAGGUUGUUAUUUGGUGGGGAUAGGUAUGUAGUUGGUGAAGGUGGACAACAACUUAGGUUUAAAUAAAAGAAAUCAAAGGUUUGUCCAUGGAAUAAUAUGAUGCUAUUUUGAAUGUCAUCCU